AUGAAAAUAAAAACAAAUAUAAAUGAAUUAUUUGAAAACGCAAAGCGUAACAGUACUUACGUUAAAGUGUGUGCUCCUAUGGUCAGAUACAGUAAAGUACAAUUUAGAACUUUAGUGAAAAAUUUCGGUGUCGAUUUAUGUUUCACUCCUAUGAUCUUAGCGGACUCUUUUUGUCAGAAUGAAAAAGCAAGGUCAAAUGAAUUUAUGACAACUAUGAAUGAUUCUCCUUUGAUUGUCCAGUUUGCGGCCAAUAAUGCUGAAGAUUUUUUAGACGCGUCUAAAUUAAUAUACUCUUAUGCUGAUGGAGUUGAUUUAAACUGUGGAUGUCCUCAGAGAUGGGCAAUGAAAGAUGGAUAUGGAUGCGCUUUAUUAUCUCAACCAGAACUUAUUCAUGAUUUGCUUAGAACUAUAAAAAAUAAUUUUCCAUCAAACUUUAGUGUAUCAGUUAAAAUAAGAAUUUUACAAGAGAUAAAGAAGACUAUAACUUUGUGUCAGCAACUAGAAAAAUGUGGAAUAGAUUUUAUAACAGUUCAUGGACGGACACCGACACAAAAAAGUGGGGAUGAUAUCAAUAUAGAUAGCUUAAAAGAAGUAUGUGAGAUAGUAAGAAUACCAGUGAUUGGAAACGGUGGUAUUAAGACCUUAGAUGAUGCAGAUAUGCUAUAUAAAAAAAUAAAUUGUAGGGGAGUAAUGGUUGCCAAUGGAAUAUUAAGUAAUCCUGCUCUCUUCAGUGGAACUAAUAAGACUCCACUCAGUUGCGUAAGAUUAUGGAUGGAUAUAAAAAAUGAGAGUAAAGAUAAAAUAACAUUCCAAUGCUAUCAUCAUCACUUAGUCUUUAUGCUUGAUAAGAUCUUGUCCAAAAAGCAGAAGCAAGAAUUUAAUAUUCUUAGCACCUUUCAGAGUGUAGAUUCAUAUUUAAAAACCAAUGUAUUAAAUGGUUAUGAUUAUGAUAUUUCACAUAAUAUUAAAUGUAAAAUUGAUGAUUUCUUAACAUGUUAUUUUGAUGAUGAGAUUACAAUAAAACAUUCAAGUAAAUGCAGAGGUUGUAGUAAAAGUGUUUGUUACUGUAUUUGUAAUAAAUACGAUGCUAAUUCCGGUAAUGGAAAAUAUUUUUCGUCUUUUGUAAUAGAUAAUGAUGGUAUUGAUUAUAUGGAAAGUAAUAUGUUUGAUGAAUCUAUAUGAUUAUGAAUAAAUGAAUUUCACC